CUCAAAGUGCAAGGCAAUCUCAGGAUUCAAGUAAUAAUUCAAGUAGUGAAGUGUCAUGUCUUAAAGUCCCUCCGUGUGACACCGAGAUUUUUUAUGGUACAUACCAAACAUGGCCCUCGUUCAGGGACAUGUUUACUGCAGUGUACGCAAACCACCCUAAAUUAUGUGCUGUGCAAAAACUAUAUCAUCUUCGAUCUAAGACGCGAGGUGAAGCAAGCAACAUCGUUUGCAAAUUCCCACUCACCGCUGGAAGUUUUGAUCUCGCUUGGGAAGCCCUUAAGGAUCGUUUCGAAAACAGGCGUAUUCUAGUGAAUACUCAACUUAAAACGUUAUUUAACAUGCCAUACAUUGCCCAAGAAUCAAGUGUAGGAAUUAAAAACAUUCAAAGAGAUAUUAAUGAUUGUCUAUCCGCUCUUAAAGUUAAUAAAAUAGAUACAUCCAAUUGGGAUUCUAUUCUCGUUUAUCUUUGCUCGAGUCGUUUACCUGACGUAACACUUUCAUUGUGGGAACAGUCCAUCGAAAACCCGCGGAAGAUCCCUACAUGGUCCGAGUUGGACACUUUUUUAACCAACCGUUUUCAAGUUUUAGAAACAGUUUCUGAUAUUCGCCUAAAACCCAAACCAAAAGCAACUUUUACUAAAACUCAUUCAACUCAACCCUCUCACGAAAGAAUUCAACAAUCGUAUCAUAGUAAACAAAUCAAUUACACAUGUAAGCUUUGCGAUCAAAAUCAUCCCCUACGGUUUUGUAAUAAGUUUUUGCAAAUGACAACAGAUGAUAGAAUUAAAACCGUCAAAUCCCAUAAUUAUUGCUCGAAUUGCCUUGCAACUUCUCAUGUAGAAAAAGAUUGUAAGAGUACCUACACAUGCAUACAAUGUAAAGAACGUCACCACUCUCUACUUCACCCUUUAUCUGUAAAUCAAUCACACUUUACAAACUAUAGUUCAGAUCUCAAUUCAGCUCAUAGUUCCUCGUUUAUACAGUCCACUCAACCACAAGCUCAAGACUCAUCAUAUUUACAUUCAUAUUAUAGCAGCAACCGAAACCGCGUUAUAUUAGCUACCGCUUUAGUUAUAGUUGAACACCAUGGUAUAUCAUUUACUCUUCGUGCACUUCUUGACCCGGGGUCUGAAGUGACCUUUAUUUCUGAGGAAGCACAAACUCGACUUAAGCUACCUGCCCAGUCUAUCGAAGCUCAUAUUUCUGGCAUAAAUGCUGUUAUUACUGCCAACGCUUCAAAACUUUGUUCUCUUAUUCUUAGAUCUAAUCAAACUCCAGAUUUAACCCUCAGUGUAAACGCCAUUGUCUUAAAACGACUCACGGGAGAUUUGCCAUCUUGUUGUAUAGAACAAUUUGAGAUUUCACAACCCAUUGAUUUUCCUUUAGCAGAUCCUGAUUUCAAAUCAAGCUCAAAGGUUGAUCUAGUACUUGGUGCCGAUAUACACUCCGUUUCAACUGAAUAA